AUGAAGGUUCAUAUUUAUGUCCUUUUCUUGUCCAUUUGGACAAUUAAUUGUUUAGAUAGAAACCAAACUACUGAAUCGUCGUCUACUACUACUACUACUUCUACUACUACUACGUCUAGACCAUCUGGAUCAAAAAUGGAUGAUUUUAGAAAACGCCUACUUGGUUUCAUAAUUGGAAUUAUGAUCAUAGCCUUCACCCUUACUUGUUUUUGUCUACUCCAUUAUAAUUGUAUCGUCGAGGAAUCCCAUGUACCAGCAGGGCUCAACAAGGAAAAUAUAGCAGCUAUAUCAUCCUGGGUAUCCAAAGUUUCAGCCUAUCAACCUGAAAUGAUAACUGAGGACAUUCCAGAGGCUCAACCUCUAUUAAAUUCAGACCAAGUAUCUGGGCCCUCAUGUCAAGAAAAACCACAAACACCAAACAGUGCAGUAAAAUCAAUUCAGCCUUCAAGUCCACAAAAGUCAUGUGCAUCACCUGAUUCACAAAAAUCAACGAUACACUCAAAUACAGAAAAUACAUCCACAACAUGCAGUGUAAAAAAGUCAAACAGGCAAUUAGAUACAAAAAAAUCAACUAAGACAUCAAGGUUCCAAAAAUUUCGUAAGUCUCACCUGGAACGAUCAGGUAAGAAACAAGGCCUCAAAAAGUCACAGAAGCUCCCUCCCACCUGUAAAUUACCUAGUAAAGUCAAUUUAUCCAGUUCAGAGAAGCAAGUCAUACCACGUUGGCUAGAUAUUCUACAAUCUUCAGCUACACUGUCUUGUCCAUCACUCUCACAUGAUCAAAUCGGGCCCACCAAAACAACCAAAAUAAAGAAAACAAACCAGUCACGUGGACAUGAUCUAAAAAGGUCAGUAAGUAGAGGUGUGUCAAGCACACCUACACCACCCAAAGCUUGCGGACAUUAUAAGGAAAAAUGCCUUGUUUGUAGUUCUCCUGUAUGUCUUCCCAUUGGUCAUUCUGGGAUGGAGAGGAAACAAGCUGAAAUCAUUCAUGUUUCAAGGGAAAUGAAGCCAUCUCCCCAACCUUUUUAUGAAAUAGAUUACAAUUACAAUGAAGCGAAGUACGAGAACUGUUCUUAUCUGGACAUGAGUAAUGCUAGUAUGGGAACAUAUGAUAGUGAAGACAGUGAUGCAGAAAUAAUCAUUAUUUGUGGCACAAGUCAUGAUAAGGAUAUCUUGGAUAAAGACACCUUAAGUUAUUAA